AGGAACCGGAACCUCAAGGCGCCUUCUCGCUUGUCACCUGACAAACCUGUGACGUUUUAUUUUUGUAUUUUUUGUUCCUGUUUCGCAAUAGGGUUAAAAACCUAGCGCGCGUGAGCACCUCUCUUGCCAGACCAUCUCCAGACGAUGUAACGAUGGCGGCGGCAGAGGAGCCGGAGCCCGCGUUUACGUUGGACUUGUUGCCGCAAGAAGUGAUCCUGCACAUCCUGUCAUUCCCACAAAUCGAAGUGGACGAUCUCCUGCGCUUCUCCGAAGUGUGCUCAAAGUUCCGCGAUGUCGUGUGCAGCAACGACUUGUGGAAGAAGAAAUUCAAUCGACGGUGGCCUGACCUUUUUCGCCAGCACAGUGCUGCCAACACACGAUGGCGCAAAGAGUGCCUGGAGCGCCUCUCCUGUGGACUCAAGCUCAGAUCCUGGAUGUCGCAGAUGUCACGGGAUUUCUACGUGCAUGAUGAGCUCUCCGAGGAUGCGUUCCGGGGAAUUUCGUCCCUAAGCUGCCAUCCGCGAAAGCUGCUCUUCUUCAGUGACGAGCUGGCGGCUAUUUUGGAGGACGAUCAGCCGAAUGAGGAUCUCACGCUCAAGUAUUACGCCCGACGGGUGCAGUGCCAUGUCUGCCAUGAGCACAUGAAACAGCGCUGGGAGUCGUACCUGGGGUGCGACACCUCGGCCGAGCCCAGCCUGGAAGAGGGCGCACUCCUUGUCUCACAGUGGUGUCAACCACUGUACCGGGUGCCAACCGAGUGGGUGCGUCGCACUCUGGACGAAUUGGCUCGCCGAGCCAAAGCUAUAGUGGCCACAAGGCAUCCCGGGCACCCCCUCGUCAGGUGCGACUGGCAGUUGAGCCAUACAGCCCUAUCCGAAUCAAGGUGGAGCCCCGGGGAGUGCCGGUCUGUGCUCAUCUGCAUCAACCAGGCCCUGUUUAACGAAUUUGGCCUGACGGGAGACAGGCAGCACUACCACACGCCGGAGAAUUCGUUUAUAGACAAGGUCUUGGAAAAGAAAAGCGGGAUCCCACUGACAUUGUGUGUGAUAUAUGGAGCAGUGGCCAGGCGCCUGGGCAUUCUCUGCAUGCCGGUCAACUUCCCCACACACUUCCUUCUCAAGUGGCUGGAGCACCCUCUGUUGCCAGAGGAUCAGCGAUACACCUACAUCGAUGUCUACCACGGUGGUCGCUUCAUGGCACAGGAUGAAUGCGUGUCCCUGUGCCCAAACCUGCAACUGGACAGGGACACCUGCUACAGUGUGCUCCGCACGCCAAAGGUGCUGGUGCGGAUGUGCUGGAACCUUGUGGAGGCUUGGCGGCAGUUUGAGGGCAACCUGGGCAUGCAGGGGCUCCGCUACGCCCUGGAGCUGCUCGAGCUGUUUGAAGGUCGCGGGCGGCACCGCAGCGACCCCAUGCGGGGCGACAUCGAGCACCGGCUUCUUCUGGCGCGCGUCUACCUGCACCUGGGCAUCAACUACGAGCAGAUCCUGUACAUGCUGAAAGGAAUCGAGGCGGCACACCCGGCAUCCAGCGCCAUUGUGGCCUACAUGUAUCGCACCGCCCAGAGCCAGAUGGUGGCGUUAGAGCAGCGGAGGGAGAACCGCUCGCAGAGGCAGCCCCGCAAGCUCCGAACCGAGCCCCGGUCGCACGCCAAGGUGGCCUACGCUGUGGGCAUGAUCAUGCGGCACAAGAAAUAUCACUACCAGUGUGUCAUCUACGGCUGGGACGGCAAGUGUGCAGCCAACCGGGACUGGAUCUUCCAGAUGGGCGUGCACAACCUCAGCCACGAGGACAGGCAGCCCUUCUACAACGUCCUAGUCGAAGAUGGCUCCAACCGAUAUGCUGCUCAAGAAAACUUGGAAAUGUCUACGAGCCCCGAUGUGAUCACGCACCCCGACGUUGGGAAGUACUUCGAGCGUUUCUGCGGCACGUACUACCUCCCAAACGCCGAGAAGGAGUACGAGUACCCCGAAGACGCGCUGGUGCGGGACAAGCUUGUGCUCCAGACGUUCCACAGUAGUGAUGACGAAGAAGAGGAAGAAGAGGCGUGCAGCAUUUAGACCCUCCCCCAACUGCCAGGAUGGUUCGCGACCUGGUCGAUGCUCAAGGGUGAGCUCGUCGGCAGAUCAGGGUUGCCUUUCUGUUGCGUUUUCUGGCUCUGGGGAUGCCAAUGCAGCGCGAGUCUUGUGCAGUCUCCCGAAUUGCUGUGGAGUUUAUAAUUGUACAUUUGUGAUCAGUUUGCCGGCGAAAUUGUUGUCGCAGCUGUUUUUCAAAGGCAGAGUAGUGAACUUCUGCCAUGUUGUACAGUAGCUCUAGGAGGAUUUCCGUUUGUGUCUCUGCAAAGCUCCAGGAAACCUAGAGGCAAAUGUGUUUGUGUUUAGCACGACAGAAAUUGUGUUUUUUUUUUUUAACUACAGAGGUGUGCAUAUUGCAUUCAUGUUGUAUAGCCACGGUAAGUGUAAAAGGUAGCAAGGUGAUUCAAGCCUGAACGCAGUGCAGUAUUUGUUUCUUGCUUUUCUAGUAUUUUGUUGUGUUCAAGAUAUGGUACAGCAUUGGCGCUUGCAAGUGUGUGAUAACACUCUUCAGGACAGUUGUCGAGACAUUUCAUGAUUUGGUUGCAUAUAAGCUGUGAAUUUAUCCGAGUGUUGGCCACUGAGCCAUUCAGUGCUUGUCAGUGAGAUGAAGUAAGGUGAGGCGUGCAUCCUGAAAACAUGCGCAGAUGUGAUCAUUAUAUACUAAGCUUUAGAAACUGCUAAAAAGAAAAGCUGAGCCAUGGUAUAAGCGUGUCACACAGGGAACUUACAAUGGCGGUCCAGUUCAUUGCCUCAGAGAUUCUCAAAUUGUUUCAAACUCAAGGAGUUGGGUCGCUGAUACGCAGUAAACCUGACAGCCGUUGAGAUGUUUCAGUAAUCGAACACCAAGCACUUGGUGCGUGACUGUUGUGCAUCCCCAAAAAUGAUUAACUGUGAAAAAUUAUCUGAGUGUCUGAAAUGCAAUUUCUUUGCUGCAAGAUCUUCAUAAUGUCAUACUGAAACAGUGUAAAUUUUUAGCUAUGUUAGUACUGCACUCUCACACUUUCUUUUUCCCAGAUCAUGACUCAUUUUAUUUAAGUGCUCUGGCAACAUUGAGGUGGCUUGCCACAGUCUUUUCUUCUAUGACAGAGUGAGUCUUCCACUUGUCAUUGAUGAAAGAGAACAAGUUAUUAUUAUAAAGUCAUUAAUAUUUUUAAUUAUUUUCUAUUUUUUUACUGCAUUUUUAUAGUGUGCUGUUAUAAGAACACUGCUGAUGAGGCUCCUACUCUUACUGCUCAAAGGCCAAUGAGAUUUCAGUAGAGCUGCACACAACUCUGUCAACACUGUAGACUAUUGACUCGACAGCCAUUAAAACUAGCCGUGCAGUAAUGCCUAAGUUACCUGUAGGACAAUAGGCGAUUGGCUCAAAGGCCUCAGAAGUGACAGCACAGGUGACAUCACUGUGGCAUCAUAAAUUUCGUCUCUUUUCCCGUGUUUUCAUCUCAUAAGGAGGGCAGCCGAGUUAAUGUUCAUAGAACUGCUUUUAGACAAGUUCUAUCCACAAUUGCCUACCACCGGGGCGAUAGUCUCGUCACGCCAAUCACCAUUGCGAAUUGCAGGUUCCAAAGCACCAAGCAGAGAGCAAAGGCUCUUAAUGAGAAAUGAGUUUAGUGCAUACCAGCCCAGUUAAUCAGCCGAAGAUAUAAUUUGCUGUCCUCUUGCACUGACUUGCUCAAUGGGGAGGUAUUAUGCAAGAGUCUACCUAUUGGACUUGUCCAUUUCGUCUGCUGCUGAAGUGCUGAUUGGCUGUGAUGCACCCUAGCCCAGCCAAUCAGCACUUUGAAAUGGACAAGUCUACUACGUGGACUCAUACAGAAUACCUCCUCUGGUCAACACUUUCGCAAUGUCGCUUAAAAGCGCGACUCUUUUGGAAGUUUGUCCUAGCAGUUUGAAAGUAUAGAAUGUUUUUCUUUUUACUUUCAAUACAAGCCCAUUAUGCUAAAUCUGUACCACAUACCUUUACAAAUGGGUGUUGGCACGCAUACCCCCUGAAGCACGCAUACCCCCUGACGAUUAGAAAGGGCUGGGCAUGGAUAAAAAAAAGAUAGCCCAAUUAAUUAGGACAUGUUCAAUUAUUAAUAUAUUGUUACGAGGAUGUUGCAAGUAUAGGAAAACUAAAUUUACAAAAUAUAUACAAGAUGAGUCAGAGCAGUUAAGAUGGCUUCAUUUGUAGCCGCGCAGAAGAGAGUCCAUCAUACGUUCAAAUGUCGCAGGAGCAUUGCAUAGGCCAAAGGGCAUGACUUUGAACUGAUAUAAGCCAUCCAGCAUGAUGAAGGCCGUCUUCUCGCGGUCCAUUUCAUCAGUGGAAAUCUGUGAGUAGCCGGAUCGAAGAUCGAUGGACGAGAAGUAUUUAGCUCCGUGCAAGCAGUCCAAGGCGUCAUCGACGCGUGGUAGUGGAUAGACGUCUUUUCGCGUGAUCUUGUUUAAGUGGCAAUAAUCGAUGCAAAAACGCCAGGUACCAUCUUUAUUUUUCACAAGAAUGACAGGCAAAGCCCAAGGGCUGGCCGAUGGCUCGAUGACCUUUUUGUGGAGCAUUUUGUCCACUUCUGAUUGGAUGACUCGGCGUUCAGCAUGCGAUACACGAUAGGGACGCCGACGAAUAGGAUUCUUAUCUCCAGUGUUUAUACAGUGGUGAACAACAGAUGUUUGGCCUAAAGGCCUGUUGCCGAAAUCAAAGAUGUCACUGUACGAUUCAAGCAAGAGGUGUAUGUCCGUGGCCUGUGCAGAGGUGAGGUCAGGUGCUAUCAUUUUCGCGAAGUCAUUCAUUAAGGAACCAGAGCUGUCAUCUGCAAUUGGGGCUAAUAAGCCACUCUCGGCAUUCAGCCUCUCAAUGUCAAAUUCGCAACCACUAGAAACGCUGUCCAAGAACAUGCCAGCCGGAAGCACUUGAGGGCACAGGCUGAAAUUCAGAAGUGGUAGAACGACGUCGUUAUUAGUAACCGUGACCAACGUAUGCGGAACAGCAACCUUCCGGUUCAAAAGCACGUGAAUGAUGGGGCGAAGCACAUAUUCACCAUCAGGAACCUGUGGCUGAGCGGUCAAAGUGACGUAAGUAACUGCCUCGGGUGACAGACGCACAUCUUGAAGCGAGCACAAGCGCGGUGGGGCGGUACUCGGAGCAUCGGCGAGUUGAGGCACUUCUAACUGAAGAACGCCGAUUGCGCAGUCGAUGAGAGUAGAAUGAGUGGAUAAAAAGCCCAAUCCAAGGAUAAUGUCGUGAGGGCAGCUGUCUAUCACAGCAAGGAGAACAGAAGUAGGGCGGCCGGCUAUAAUUAAACGCGCACUACACAUUCCAAGAACAAUCAGCACGCAGCCGUCGACCACACCAAGCACUCUGCCAGCUGCUAGGGUGAGGACCUUCUUUAAAUGUCUACGUAGGCUAGCACUCAUCACAGAUACGUGGGCUCCAGUGUCGAUGAGUGUUUGGACAGGUACGCCGUCUAUUUUAACGUCAAUUAAGCUCCUCCUUGUGGGCACAGACAGAGGAUUUGCUGCAGUAGUCGGCAAUGCAGCACCACCUCCGAGGGCUGCAUUUCCUAGUUUUCCGAACCGGUGCAGCCAAAAGCCACAGGGGAUGAAAGGCGACGUGGCUGCAGCAAACGGGAAGAUGGGCGACGUGUUUGCAGUGAACGAGACUGGUGUCCGCGCGGCAAUGGUGAGCGGCUGUACCACGUGUUCCGAGCAGAGUUGUCGGCGCUGUUAAACUUGGCGGUCGGCGAAAUAUUGCGGGUAUUUCCAUCAAAACGGCUCAGGUUGGUUGGCGUGCGAGGUGUUGAGGGCCACGAGUUGCGACAGUAUCUGGCGACAUGACCAAUGCGGUGACAGGUGAAACAUAUCAGCUGGUCAUCCGCAGUUCUCCACUCAGGCGGGUUGCGAUAACGUGGAGAGAAGCGUCGGGGUGGAGCGAAAAUAGGAGGGCGUUCGUUAGCUCUGGGAUUGGCAACAGCACGCACAGACUGUAAACCAAUGUUUUCAAGUUCCUGGUGAACGAUGACUUGUACCAGGGGAACUGAAAAUGUGGUAGCAUCAGGGCUAUGUGAACAGAAAGCUGCGGGCACCAUCGCAUCCAGUUCACGUCUAAUGAUUCGCACCACGUCCUCUGAUGGCAGCGCAUGAUUCUGUGCGGGUUGAUCUUCACAAGUCGACGUUGCGGCAGUAUUGGGAAGUCUGGCGAAUGGUUGUAAGACGCGUCAACUUUUGGCCUGCUCGGAUUGUCGGCACUCUUUAAUGAUUGCGUCAACUGUAGAGCAACUCUUGCACAUGAGCAGAUUAAACUCAUCGUCAGCAAUGCCCUUAAGCACGUGCCCGACCUUCUCAGCUUCUGGCAUGUCGUGAUCGGCUUUACGACAAAGUGCCAGCAUGUCCUGGAUGUACGAGACAAAGGACUCUGUGGGGGAUUGGGCACGGGAGGCCAGUUCCUGCUUUGCGGAAAUUUUACGGCCGGCUGGUUUGCCAAACUCUGUCAAUUUCUGUUUGCAUUGGUCCCAGCUGGUUAGCUCUUACACCUUUGCCGUGCCUCUUAGGUAGAACAACAGGUUAGCUAGCAUAAGCGUAGGGUCCCAUCUGUUGAUUCCACUAACGCGUUCGUACAUGGCCACCCACUCUUCAACGUCGGCGCCAUCGGUCCCGCAGAAAGUUCCAUGGAGGAUCCUUGGCUUGCACAACGACAACCGAAGGUACAGCAACGUAGCUGGCGACGGUGACGUUGGAGGUGGCAACGACGUUGAUCCCGGGUGCUCACCGUCCUUCAUGGUGCGGACGGUGAUGCGACGCCUACUGCAGAGCUCCGUUUCCAGCCGUGGUACCCCGCACCUCUCACCAAUAUAUUACGGGGAUGUUGCGAGUAUAGGAAAACUAUAUUUACAAAAUAUAUACAGGAUGAGUCAGAGCAGUUAAGAUGGCUGACCACCAACAACACGCAGCAGCCAGCGUCUCCGAUCUUCUUCUUCCUCCUUCUUCCUUCCGUAACAAUAUUAUGUAUAUGUGAGCUAAAAUAAAUCAAAAGUGGCAGCUUAUGUACAUAAACAUUCAAGACAUAAAAAAAGCUUGUUUCAAAUAGACAGUUACUCACUGUGGUGGCUUAGUGUCUAUGGCGGUGCACUGGUAAAGAUGAGGUCAUGGGGGCCGCAGGUGGCCGCAUUUCGAUGGAGGUAAAAUGCGAGAACACUUGCAUAAAUAAAUUUAGGUGCAUGCUGAAGAACCCAAGGUGGUCAAAACUAAUCCAGAGUCCCCCGUAACGGAACGCCUCAAAAUCUGGCGAUGGUCAUGGCAUGUAAGACCACAGAAUUCAAUUCAUUUAAUUUUAUAUUGACAGUUGCCUUUAAUACCAUGUCAGCAACACUUUGCACAUCUGAACAUAUAGAGUAUAUCAAACCCACUCCCGUAAGAGCAGCUGUAGAGGGAAAAAAGCAUUAACAUUCUUUGGCAGGCCCAUCACUAGACACAAAGCCCUCUUAGCAUUGGUAGGCAGCAUUAACUGGCAGUUAACGGUUAACAAGUUUAGUGACGCUACCAUUCUUGUGUCCUUACAUCCUUUCCAGCACCACCUGUUGGCAGUUAUGAAAGAGUGAUCUACCAAACCAGGGGUUCAGCCCGAGGUGAAUUCUGAUUAGCGAUCUUGAGCAAGUUUCCUGCUGGUUGGUUCAUAAUGACUUUGAUUCAUGGUGACUCAAACUAUAGUCAAACCCAGUUAUGAAGAACAGAUCUCCACGCAAAAAAAUAGUUCAGUGUACAUACUAGGUAAUUUGGUGUACCCAAAUUGAACGAAUUUUUGUGAUGAGUUCAUUAAAUAUGGAUUCAUUGAAACCCCCAGUGGAGAUGAAUAAGUGAAGAAGGAAUCAGUGGAAAACAGAACUAUGUGUAGCAGGCAGUAUUUCUCACCUGUGCCUCAGAACUAUUUCUCGGCGUCAAUGAGAAUGGUGUUCUCGGUGCACUAGUUUGUGUACGCCCGCUCCAGUCAACUUCCCUUAAUGUUGGCGCCAUACCGGCACGCUGAAUCUACCCCAGAAAAUAUGCCCUGAAGUGUUGGGCGAUGCCCCGAUCGAUGCCCCGAGUCCAAUAUAAGAAAUAUCCAGUUGGUUAUGAGGGAGCUAUUUUAAUGUAUAUCAGUCAGUGAGUUCUACGUGUACCAUAUAGACGAUAAUCUGCUUUAUCUGGGUUUGUUAAAUUCGGGUUCGACUGUAUUUCCAAUCGAGUGGGUCGCUGUAGAUCAACCUGCUCUGUGAUGGAUCACCUUUUUUUUUUUACUCUGCAGUUGAAAGACAGAAAUUCAACUUACAGUUCAAAAUUCUGGAGUGUACUGCACCUGACAACUUCCGCUGUGAUCCAAGAUGGAACAUUAUGCAUUGCUCUCGUAGAUUUCUGCUUGGGGAAAUCCUAGCAGGGUUUGAGUGCUCGCUCAGGAAUUCAGGUAGCCCCUGAGAAACGACAGGACAAGCACGCCAUCAGCGUUCCUGUCUCAGUGUCCCUUUAAUGAUGGCCUCAUGUGUGCACUCCAGCAAACACAUGUAGCCAUUUCAUGCUGCAAAUCCAGAGAACAGUGCAACUUACCUUGCUCAGUUUUUCACUUACGCGAAGGAACGCUCCACUUACUCUCCUCUGUACCUCAGAAUUGCUGGGUUGUCACAGGUGUCCUUGACAGCCCCUCCUCCCCCUCCCCACCUCUCCAUAUGUUUCUUUCAUGUUUACCUCAGAGACUACCAACAGUAUGACUAUACUUAAAAUGAAUGGUUGUGCUACAGCUGUUUUUGCUCCAUGUGCCUACACAGCAUGUUUGCAUGGUUCAUGAGAGGUGUACCCCGGAUUAGCAUAUACUCAUUGCUGUUAUGACAGCACUUAUGUAAUAGUCUACAGCUCGACACAGGAUUUUUCCACAGGCAAUGUGUUUGCAGGUUUGUACGAUUUGGGUUACGCUUCUUGUGAGCGGUGUAUGAAUUUCAUGAGUUUUGGUUGGAUGUGUGUGCCGAGUCCAAGUUGGAGGGCCCCAUGACUAGGCCCUUCCCUGUGUCAUGCCACCUGUUGGCAGAUCUUGCGACCUGAAACUGUGCAGGAUUUCAGCUUGUUUUCUGUUUAUUGAUUUCUUUAAACUUAAAAGAAAUUGAAGUCUGUGAUGUGUGAGAACUGUCGUCGAUUUGUUUUGAGACAGCUGUUUGUGUAGUCUUUGUUUUCCAUUGUGUUUUUAAUAGCCCAAAGGGCGGUGCCCGACGGCGAGUGCAACAUGUAAGAGCUGUCAGUGAGCACAGUGAACAAUGAACCUGUUGUAAAAAGAUGUUGGUCCUGUGCAAUCUUGCGUUCUGUACAUUACAGACACACUAUAUUGCCGUGUAUGAGUUGAUUCCGAGUGUAAAAUUACCGCUGCCCCCCACCCAACUCAGAUUCCUUGGGACAAAAAAGAAAGUUUUAGAAACACGAGUAAUGGUAAAUUUAUUUCCUGCCUCAAGAAGUUGUACUUUCUGUUGCCAUCUUCAGCGUAACUGUCUGGCCUCGUCAUCUUUGAUGUUGCUCCUGAUGACAGCAUAGUUGUCCCUCUCAUUGGAGUCCUGUUGAAAGCUAUCUGGCUCUGGGUGUCAUUGAAAUAAAGUACUUACUAGCAUCUCGUGAACCAUGUCACACGGUACACCUUUUGAAUUGUGUCACUUUGUAUGCUUAAUGGAAGCUUUCCGAGACAUCAAGGCGUCUCUUCAUUGUAAGCUUCUGCUUACUUCCAAGAACAAUAUUGCCUUCCGUUUGAGCCACACAAAACAUGUCGAGGGAUUUUCGUUGCUAGAUCCACCGGAACGUGCUUCCACAACAGUGCAGACAUACUGGCGUGGCUGAUUGCACAGACAGGAUAUGAUGCCACUACAUCUUCGGCUGAAAGGUAACGACUAGAGACUGAGUGCAAAGCCCACUUUGAGCUAAGGUCUUGCCGAAGCCUUAAAUGCUGCCUAAUGCAAAGCCAGUUCCAUGUGCAUGCCACCGCGUGUGCUAUAAAUAAGUCUCCACGUAUAGGUCAGCACCAUCUAAUUUGGGACGAUCAUUUCUCGCGAAAAAAAAAAAGAAGAGGUCGACUUAUACACGGCAAUAUGAGGUAUUUUUCUUUUCAUUCUGUUGACCCUUUAUCUGUCGUGACGCACAAGGUUGUUGCAUUGCCAUGUGUGUACUGUGCGCAGCAUGGUUGUGGCGGUUCCCUCCCCUCUUUCAGCCUGCAUGCUGCAGCAAGGGAAGCACCACGCACACUUAUUCCAAGUUUAUAUGCAAAAAUAAAGGCAACAGUGAAAACACA